AUGGCAUCUGGCGUGCCGCGCGUUGAAAAGUCGGACCAAGAGUGGCGAAGCCAGCUGUCCAAGGAGGAGUAUCGUGUGCUGCGAAACAAGGGUACUGAACCAACCAACGGUGAAUACGACAAGUUUUACCCCAAAAAGGGAUAUUUUGUCUGUCGGGGCUGUCAGACGCCCCUUUAUUCGGCGGCAGCCAAGUUUGCGAGUGGCUGUGGGUGGCCGGCCUUUGACAAGUGCUAUGCAGGCGCCGUGAAAACGCACGUUGACAACUCCUUCGGUAUGCGGCGAGUGGAAAUUGUCUGUGCGGCGUGUGAUGGCCACUUGGGCCACGUGUUUGAGGGUGAACGGUUUACGGAGACCAACGAACGGCACUGCGUCAACAGCGUAUCCGUACGCUAUGUUGAGGGUGAGCCUGAUCCCGGGCUGACCGAAGCCAAGGUGGUAUAA